AUGUAAUUCAAUAAGAAUAAUUCAAUAUUUAUUGCUAGUUGUGGAGAUUUAGUUAAAGUAUUUUAUUUUCAAUAUGGUGCUUUAUCAUUUUUAUAAUAAAUGAAACAUCAUUAAUUAUCUGUAACAUUCUUGAGCUUUGUAAGAAAUUCUCAGUAUUUUAUGUCAUGUUGUGAUUAACAGAUUAAAUUUUGGUCAAUAAAUGGAAUAAAUAAUCAAAAAUUCAUCACCAAGGUAUAUGAAAAUGAAAGACACUAUAGUUGUUUUGCAAUAAGUGAUAAAAACUAAUUAGUUGUUGCUGGAAUUGAAAACAGAAUUCAAUUUUUGUAUGAAGAUAAUUAAUGGAAGGUAUAUUAAUAUAUAGAAAAUCAUAAUGAUAGGAUUUAUAAUCUAAGUUUUAAUGAAUCAGAAAAUAUACUGAUUUCUUUUGGGGGAGAUUAUAAAAUUUCAAUAAUGUAGAAAUUUAAUCAAUUCUGGAAAAUUAUUUAAAUAAUUAAUGUAGAUGGAUUUGGGAAUUAAGCAACAUUUAUUGGUGAUAAUACUUUUAUAUUUCAUCCUUGGUGUAGCAAAUACAUGUUCUAAUAUAUAUUAAAAUAAAAAAACAAUUAAAUAUUUUGUUUAUCAAAUAAAAUACAAAUGGAUGGUGAAGGGAAUUUAUGUAAUUUAUGCUUUUCAUAAUAUAUAAUGUAAAAGCGAUUAUUAAUAAAAUAAGAUAUGAAUUCAAUUCUUAUUUUUUAAUUUAUUGAAAAUUAAGAAUUGCAGUUUUAAUAAUCAUUAAUAUUUUAAAGUAUAUAAAUACAAGCAUCUAUGAGUAAUGAUGGAAAAUAUUUAAUCACUUGGGAUGGAUCUUCUAGGAAUAUUUAAGUGAUAAGUAUUGAAUAUCGCUGA